AGCUUCGUUUCAGUUUUCAUCUCGACUUUUACUCUUAAAUAUUAGCAGGAAAGUUAAACGUCAUAAUGGAGCCUAGUAUUCCAGGUUCUUCAACAUCUUCUAGAGCGACUAGAUUCAUGAUGGAAGGCGUAGGAGCUCGUGUUAUACGGGGGCCAGAUUGGAAGUGGGGCAAACAGGAUGGAGGGGAGGGGCAUGUAGGUACUGUGAGAAACUUUGAGUCACCAGAAGAGGUAGUGGUUGUGUGGGAUAAUGGAACUGCUGCAAAUUACAGAUGCUCUGGAGCUUAUGAUUUGAGAAUCCUGGAUAGUGCUCCCACUGGUGUUAAACAUGAAGGAACUAUGUGUGAUACAUGCCGGCAACAACCUAUUUUUGGUAUUCGCUGGAAGUGUGCCGAAUGCAGUAACUACGACUUGUGCUCUGUUUGCUACCAUGGAGACAAGCAUCAUCUACGCCACAGAUUCUACCGCAUCAGUGCACCAGGUGCACAGCGCUGCCUUGUGGAGCCCCGGCGCAAGAGCAAGAAACAAGCUGUUAGAGGAAUAUUCCCUGGAGCUAGGGUUGUUAGAGGGGUUGACUGGCAAUGGGAAGACCAAGACGGUGGAAACGGCAGGAGAGGUAAAGUGAAUGAGAUCCAAGACUGGUCUGCAGCCAGUCCGCGGUCAGCUGCUUAUGUAGUCUGGGACAACGGGGCUAAGAACCUUUAUAGGGUUGGAUUCGAGGGAAUGGCUGACCUCAAGGUUAUGAAUGACGUAAAAGGUCAAAACGUAUACAAAGAACAUCUUCCGCUAUUGGGAGAGCUAGGCCCUGGACGCACGGGCCCUCAUGGGUUGCAAGUUGGUGAUCAAGUGAACGUCGACCUGGAUCUCGAGAUCGUGCAGUCGCUGCAAAUCGGGCACGGCGGCUGGACGGACGGCAUGUUCGAGUGUCUCGGAACCACAGGCACCGUCGUCGGUAUCGACGAGGACCAUGAUAUCGUCGUUACGUAUCCCAGCGGCAACCGGUGGACGUUCAACCCCGCUGUUUUGACUAAGGUAUGCAGCGGUAACAUGAGUGCGUCAGCAUCGGGCAGCGGCACAGCCUCCAGUGGCUUCGCCGUAGGAGACCUCGUGCAAGUGUGCGCCGACCAAGAGCGGGUCAAGGCGCUGCAGCGCGGACACGGCGAGUGGGCCGAGGCUAUGGCACCGACUCUCGGAAAAAUAGGUCGCGUGCAGCAGAUUUACCACGACAACGAUCUGAAAGUGGAAGUAUGCAAUACGUCGUGGACCUACAACCCCAACGCUGUCACCAAAGUCUCCUCCAUCGGUACUAUUCCGGAAAACUCUUCAGGCGAGCGCCUGUCGGCGCUCCUGAAGAAGCUAUUCGAGACGCACGUGACGGGGGACACGAACGAGGAGCUGGUGAAGGCGGCCACUAACGGCGACGCGGCGCGCUGCGCGGACAUACUGGCGCGCGCCGACGCGCCCGCCGACGUCAACGGCGUGUUCGGCGGACACACCGCGCUGCAGGCGGCAGCUCAAAACGGCCACCUGGAUGUGAUCCGCGCGCUAGUAGAAGCGGGCGCAGACGCAGACGCGGAGGAUCGUGAUGGUGACCGCGCGGCCCACCACGCCGCGUUCGGAGAUGAACCUUCGGCUCUUCGGGCCCUUGCCGCCGCCGGUGCGGAUUUAAACGCACGGAAUAGGCGGCGGCAGACUCCGCUGCAUAUAGCAGUGAAUAAGGGACAUCUGGGCGUCGUCAGGACAUUGUUACAGCUCGCUGUGCAUCCGAGUUUGCAGGACUCCGAAGGGGACACCCCUUUACAUGAUGCUAUAUCGAAAAAACGGGACGACAUGCUAACGCUGCUGCUGGAGCAUGGAGCUGACAUGACACUCACCAACAAUAACGGUUUCAACGCGCUUCAUCAUGCAGCGCUUCGAGGCAAUCCAAGUGCCAUGAAGAUAAUGCUGGGUAAACUCCCCCGGCCGUGGAUAGUGGACGACGCGAAGGACGACGGCUACACCGCGCUCCACCUGGCGGCGCUGAACAACCACGCGGAGGUGGCCGAGCUGCUGGUGCGUGGCGGCGCGCGGCCUGAUCUGCAGAACGCGAACCUGCAGACCGCGCUGCACCUGGCGGUCGAGCGACAACACACGCAGAUAGUCCGGCUGCUCGUCUCGCACGGCGCCGACCUCAACAUCUGCGAUAAGGACGGCGACACGCCGCUGCACGAGGCGCUGCGCCACCAUACGCUGCAACAGCUGCGGCGGCUGCAAGACGCGCGCGACGCGGCGCUGCUCUCGGGUCUAGCGCACGCGCACGACAAGAAGUCUUCCGCGUCCAUCGCGUGCUUCCUCGCCGCACACGGCGCCGACCUCACCGUUAAGAAUAAGAAAGGUCAAACCCCACUCGACCUGUGCCCGGAUCCCAACCUAUGCAAGACGCUGACAACAUGCCGCAAGGAAGGCACAGGCGGCAGCGACAUGACUCCCGAUAGCGAAGCAGGCGCGGCGACGGCGGCAGCACCAGUCCCUGGGGAGACGGUUCACACCGACCCUACCGCGGAUGAGUGCCUCGUCUGCUCUGAUGCAAAGCGAGACACUCUCUUCCGCCCGUGCGGGCACAUAUGCUGCUGCAACGUGUGUGCUGCAAGGGUGAAAAAGUGCCUGAUCUGCCGCGCAUGCGUGACGUCGCGGCAGCGCGUGGGCGAGUGCGUGGUGUGCUCGGAGGCGCCGGCCACGGUGGUGUUCCGGCCUUGCGGGGACGUGUGCGCGUGCGCGGCAUGCGCGCCGCUCAUGCGCAAGUGUGUCGAGUGCCGUACGCCGCUGCAGCACGGGGCUGUGGCUCCGCACAACAUCGACCUAGAAAAGGAGGGCAGCAGCAACCUGGCACAAAUUCAAGUGAACAAGGGUCAGCCGGCUCCCGCUCCGGCGGCGCCGCACCACAUGAACAACGGCUCGCGGCCAGCGCCCGCGCCUGCGCCAGCGCCUGCGCCUGCGCCUGCGCCUGCGCCUGCGCCUGCGUGCGCGCCUGCGCCGGCGCCUGCGUGCGCGCCUGCGCCUGCUUGCGCGUCUGCGCAUGCGUCCGCCCCCGCCCCCGCGCACGUCACCUCGCCGCCGCCCGCCGACGUGCAGAAACUACAGCAGCAGCUCCAGGAUAUCAAGGAGCAGACGAUGUGCCCGAUCUGCCUGGACCGGCUGAAGAACAUGAUCUUCCUGUGCGGCCACGGCAUGUGCCAGAUGUGUGGCGACCGCAUCACCGUCUGCCCCAUCUGCCGCAAGCAGGUCGAGAAACGCAUCCUCCUGUACUAGGCUAGGACACCAUAACAUCGAACAUAGUCAAUAUACACCUUAUUACAAUGAAUUAAGAUUGUCUUCGACUGUAGAAUAGAAUAAAAUAGAAUAGAAUAUAUUUAUUUGUAGUAAUUGUACAUCGUCAUAUUCAAAAAUUAUUAAGUAUCAUUGUCUGGAGCGACUAUUAAGGUGGCUAUUGUCCCAAAUGGUAAAAUUUACCUGUACGGGUAAGGCAUACGUCAGUCGUGGGGCGAAAGCAUCACCUUCUGCCGUAAACAAGUCUAGAAACGAAUAUUUUUUAUCUACAAACACUGCACAAUACAAACACUAUGGUUACGACGAGUGUUACGACUAACAAAAAUUAAGUGAUGAGGGUGCGAAAAAAGCUUCCGACAACUCAGAGUAGCCGAAACGUUAGACGGGCAGGCAUUUUCUUUUGGGCGAAUGAUUCGUGAUUAUUAUAUUAUAUAAUAAUCACGAAUCUAUAUUAUAUUAAUAAUAUAUAUUAUAUUAAUCUCAUGGAAAAAGGAAAAGUUGUUAAAUUCAUCAUAAAUAUCACUUUUUGAUAUUCGGUAUCAUCAGAGUUUGAUCGAUAACAAUAAUAGGUUAGUUUACUGUCCAUAAAUUAAAUUAUUUAACAGCAGUCAUGAGAUUAGUUUUACAAAAAAACGCAGUCAAAUAUAAGUUAGGUAAAAUAUCGAAAAACUCAAAGGAAUUAUCUCAGUAUAUUGUCCCGCUAACGCCAUAAUAAAAAUAGUUUUCCGUCGUAAACCGUCAUAAAGUGAUUUGAAUUGUGAGUAAAAUAGCCUAUUAUUUUAGAGGUAAAUUAACGACGUGACGUCAUUGGCGCAUUUCAUGAAUCAAAUUCUCAAAUUUUGUUUCAUUAUCUGGAAAGGCUGACCUAUGAUAUUUGUCAUUACGUUUCGCAACAACUAAAUCAGUACUUUGUACGGAACCACAAAAAUAUUCUUUUAAAGCAUAAAAUCAUAAGAAUAAAGUUUUAAAUACGAGUCUACGACUGCGCUGGUCGUUUAUGUUACUAGACUUUAUUUUAUAAAUAAUAAAUGAACUAAAACAUGCUCGUCGUCAGCCUUCAUAUCAUUUAAUUACUUAAGUAUGUUAUUUAUAUUUUACAAUGUUUACUUAACACGAACGCUCCUGUUUUUUCUUAAAUAAAAAUAUCAUAGUAAACAGUACAUAUUUAAUUUACUGAUAGUGUUCAUACAACAGACGGUAACUAGCAAAAACAGACAAAAAUCAUAAUAGCAGUGAUUUUUAUUCAAUCUUUUAAUAUAGAGGCAUCGCAAUCUCCGGCGGUGAGCGUAGCGACAUUAAUCGUCCCGUCUCGCGUACAGCACAGCACAGACUCGUUCUCAGCGUACGUGUUGCAUCAACUGAUGUAACCUAUAUACAGGGUCUGUCUGUUUUAUAUAAUAAACAUCAGUUGGAUCAGUUACGGUAUUGUCAAACGUACUGAUUUACUCAUUUUAAUCUGAUAUAUUAAGUCCGCAGCAAGCUCGGCCGAAUUUCACCUUCCCAUACAAACGGAGUUUCGUUCUCAUUUUAAAACUACAACAAUACAAUACAAUACAAAUUCUCUUUACUGCACAACCUCAGAAUAAAUGUACAUGGAAACACAAAUAAUACAUGAAGACAGAGGUAAAAAACAGGCGACCUUAUCGUUAAAGAGCGAUCUCUUACAGACAACCUACGAAAAAUUACGUGUAGGCUUAGAUGAAACUAAUAAACUUUGCAUUUGCACAUACAAUGACAUGAGGUAUGGGGACCGUGCGCAUUGGAGGGUAUGCCAUCUUGUGGCCUGAAUCGGAAACAAACUAUACAUUGACACUUCACGCCAAAACAAGUGUUGCCCUCUACAAUUCACUCACGUUUUCUUGUUCAUUGUAGAUUCUGCCAUCUUGUGGGCUACAUUAUUGAAAGCAUAAAGUUGACAUUUACACUUCGCGCCAGUUAAAUCAGGGGCUUAUGUGCUGCCUCCUACAAUUUAAGCACGCUCCCUAUAUCUAUGCCGGUAAUUAGUUUACAUAGCUCCAGCUUAUAAAACAAAUAUAACCAAAUAUAGAGCAAAAACUAUUUUUGUAUGAAAAACUUAAAUUCGCUGUAUUUUGUAACUAUGGUAUCUGAAGCUACAUAAACUAAUUACAGGCAUAGAUAUACCUUAUCCUAUUGUAAGUACUAAUAAGUUUCAGAGCAAUCUAGCUAGUCGUUUAAAAAGGAGAGCGUAACUUCGUUUUUAUGUAGAACCGAGCUUGCUGCGGACUCUUAAGGUGAAAUCAUCUCGGCAGUUCGGAAAAAGCAGGUGCGUUCCUAGCCUUAAAUUAGCCUUACUAUAUAUUAACAACGUAGAUAGCAAUCACUUCAAUCAAUUGUAAUGUCUUCGAUCUUGUUAUUUAGAGCAUAAGUAUGUUGUCCUAAAAUAUUCAACUUAGGUAACAUAAUUAUGAGAAUAUGUUUACCGAUUAGGCAUACGCAUUAUAUAUCAAGUAAAAAGUAAAUAAUAGAUUUGUAAGAAAAAGACCAUCCUAUGCUAUGAUAUGAGCUUAACUCGUCUAUAGGACUGAUAAAAUUGAAAUGCAUAGAGUACCUACCUAGAUAAUAAAAUUUAAAAAAAAACAUUGUUGCGGUUAUAUACUUGCUGUAAAAGCGUCGUUUUUUUAAUGUCGAAUUUCUAUAUGUAUAAGUACUUAUAUAAUAAAAAGAGACUUGAUGUAAAAAACGUAACGUUCUCAGAACAUUUUAUUCGUAUAUUUCUUGGUUAGGCUAUGUAUAUGGAAAUUGAACAAAGAAGGUAAAUCUGAAAGAUCACGGCAGACGUCUUGAUGUAAAUCUAAACCUCCUUAGGGGCCUAUAUUCAUAAAAUAUAAUGUAUUCUGUCUAAAUUAUUAUUGUCCAAUAAAUCUAUAUUUCCCUAAACACGCUAACCAGCUGUGUUCCUCCAUUUAAGGCACACCAUUUAUCCAACCCGCUAUUGUCGAUUAUAGCACAUUAUGGUGAUCCUACUCUGGAAGUUAUAUAACAUUGCGUGAUAGGGACAACAUCAUUUAUAACUUUUACAGUACAUAUGGUGCUACUUUACCGCACUAGUGCGAUAAUUAGCACAUUACGUAACUAUGUCGAAAACUUAAAGGGCCAUAUGUACUGUAAAACGUUGUACAAUACAUGUGCGAAUAGGUAAUUCGCAACUCGUGUCGAUUUAAAACACUCCCUUCGAUCGUGUUUUAAUUUAUCGCCACUUGUUUCGGUUUUCCUAUUUUUCGCACUUGUAUCGUAAUGUACUAUUAUAACACUAUCAAUACUGUCAUUUUGUCCCUGUCACACGAUGUUAUUAUAACUGCCAGCGUGGGAGCACCUGAACUAGAUUUUUUAUACCGACUUUUACAUCUUGUUGUUACUAUGAUAUCUUAAGAAUUAUUCUGUAUAGUACGCGAGUGCAAUAAUAAUAAGUAAUCAUAUUAUCUUGUUUUCUCUCUGUCCUUUGAUCUAUUUGUUUGUUAGUUUCUAUGGAGUUAUGACGUAUGCUGGCACUGCGUGUGCUGUCAAAACCUCUGCACUUUUCUUGGUGUAACUAGAGCAACCGUAGGAUUCCGCUACAUAAAUUAUGUCACGGAAUUGCAAAAAGAUUGCUGCCAAAUAUUACAUAGCCCGUGGUUACAUUUAAUAUAGAAAAUCGAAUAGUUUGCUUAUUCAGCUCACAUUAUUUUUUCUAAGCAACUGCAAACAAUUUAUCAUUAAACAUGCAUUAUUAUCCUUAAGUUUGCAAAUAUGUUUAACUCUAUUGUGCCUUUUUGAGCUUACAUAUGUUACCUUACUUUCAUCGUUAUAAAAUGCAUUUAUUAUCUUUUGAUAAAUUCCAUUAAGUAUUACUACAUAAUAAUCUAUUUCAUUUAAAUUGUUAAGAGUGAUGUUAGACCAUCUAUGUAAGUAUGUAUACAAAAAUAUUUAUAAGACUUCAUUGUAUAUUUCUUUAUCUUUAUAUUGUUAAAUAAAAGAAAAUUUAAAAAUCA